AUGGUACCUGCCAAGAGGAAGAAUUCCACCACAAUACCCUCCCAGGAUGGGACAUUCACCGCCACACUAUCCCCAUCCGGGAAAGUUACCCUGAAGCCCAUAGCAAAACCAACCCCGCCGUUCGGAAGCGGGAGCGUGUCGGAAACCCAUCCUCCUAGCGCCCUUAGUAGUAGUAGGAACGCAGACCUAGGACCUACUCCACCGGGCCUUGCUCGCCGUGGGAAUACUCCCCAGCCACCAAAUGCGGCACCCCAGAAUGGCCUCGCGCAGGACACGAUUCCUAUUCUGCAGAGGAGAUUCACCGAGCUCGAGGGCGGCCGGGUGGUAAGACCACCGGAUGGAAGAUCGUAUGGUAGAUCUUUCUUGAAUACGUUGUGUCGGGGUUGGAAGGCUAGCGAGCAGUGGGCGAAGGAGCAUCCGCUUACGAUGUUCCUGAUAAGCGUGCCUCUGUCAGCUGCUGGUGUGGGCCUCUCAUUUAAGAAGUGA